UAUCUCCUUUAAUUUUUUGAAAAAAAAUAACAAUUUCCAUAAUCGACUGAUAUCAUUAAACACAGAGAUAUCUUUCUGAUUUCACAUGGUUUGUUCCCGAUUAAUCCCACAAACAUGUUUUUUGAUUUACUUCAUACAUCUUCGUCUCUUCCAGCGCUAGCCUCGACAUUCACACAUCUGGGCAGCCCUCAUCGUAUACAAUCGAAGCCCUUCCCCUCUUUUCCGACUAUCUCACCUACGAAGCAAGGCAUCUUCAGGUCGGCCCGACGAGACGAGGCUGGAAGCCCCCUGUCUCCACUCCACCAUAGGAAGGUACACUUAAAAGAUGUUUUAGGAAAAUAGCAAAAGACUAGAAGCCCAAUCCAAAAGACUCCCGACCAGACACAAACAGGACUCAACAUCCACACAUGUUAUAUCCCUUCAUAAACUCAAUAAAUUAAGCAACUGUUGUUUGCUGUCAUGGACAGGGACAAAAUCGUCCAACAAGGGGUUGAGGGCGGUGAUGUGUGGGAGGUUGUUGUUUCUCUAGUACCACAAGUUGAAGGCGCAGCUGCACCCGGGUGGGAACGAGACAAGAUUGUUCUUAUGUGUUGAACUUUAAUUUUUUUUCUUGUUUAAAACAAAUUAUGCUAAGACUAGUUUUAUGAUAUGAGUAUUUUUAAUAUUUUGGAAUGUUCAAAAUUUCAGAUGGU